CUCUGCAUCUCCUCCUCCUCGUCACUCUCCAACCCCAACCCUCACCAUGCUCUUCCGCUCCGUCGCCCGCACCGCCCGCACCUCGUCGGCCAUCGCCUCGAGCUCGCUCUCGACCGCCGCCCAGCGCCGCCUCGCCUCGUCGCUCGUCUUCCUCGAGCAGAAGGGUGGAAAGCUCAGCGACUCGGCCCUCACUGCCGUCACUGCCGCCAAGCAGGUCGGCGGAGACGUCGCUGGUAUCGUCGUUGGCUCCAAGGCCGAUGUCGACUCGGUCCUCGAGCAGGCCAAGAAGAUUGACGGCCUCUCCAAGGUCUACGCCGCCGCCUCGGACUCGCUCGCGCACGGUGUGGCUGAGAACGUGGCACCCGUCCUCGCCGAGGUCGUCCCCGCCAAGUCGAUCACUCACCUCUUCGGUGCUCACACCCCCGCCGUGAAGAACGUCUUCCCCCGCCUCGCUGGUAUCCUCGGCGUCUCGCAGAUCUCGGACAUCAUCGCCCUCGAGGGUGAGGACGUCUUCUCGCGCCCCGUCUACGCCGGUAACGCCAUCCUCAAGCUCAAGUCGUCCGACAAGGACGCCGUCAAGGUCGUCACUGUCCGCACCACUGCCUUUGCCAAGGCCGCCGCUGAGGGUGGCUCGGCUGCCGUUGAGGAGGUCGCCGCCAAGGAGACUGACUCCCCUACCAAGUUCGUCUCGGAGGAGAUUGUUGUCUCGUCGCGCCCCGACCUCGGCUCCGCUGCCAAGGUCGUCUCGGGUGGCCGUGCCCUCAAGUCGCAGGACAGCUUCAACACCGUCCUCGACCCUCUUGCUGACGCCCUCGGUGCCGCCGUCGGUGCUUCGCGUGCUGCCGUCGACGCCGGCUACGCCGACAACUCGCUCCAGGUUGGCCAGACCGGCAAGGUCGUCGCCCCCGAGCUCUACAUUGCCAUUGGUAUCUCGGGUGCCAUCCAGCACCUUGCUGGUAUGAAGGACUCGAAGCUCAUUGUUGCCAUCAACAAGGACGCCGACGCUCCCAUCUUCCAGGUUGCCGACGUCGGACUCGUCGCCGACCUCUUUGACGCUGUUCCCGAACUCGUCAAGGAGAUUGAGGCCGCCAAGAAGUAAAAACAUAGCAUGUACUUGUAGCGUAGCGUUGCAUGCAACAGGACAUGGAGAUAG